UGGCUACAAAAAAACGCCCACUUCGCGCAGGACCUCUGUGGCUGGCGGUCACCAUGGCGGCCGCCGCAAUCGUCCGAACUGUUGGGGGCAGCCUUGCCCAGAAUCUCAAGGAAAUUCGGAUCCACCUUUGCCAGCACUCGGCGGCUAGUCAGGGAGUGCGAGAUUUCAUUGAACAGCACUAUGUCACAUUGAAGAAGGCAAAUCCAAACUUUCCCAUCUUGAUUAGAGAGUGUUCCAAUGUUCAUCCUAUGCUUUGGACUAGAUAUGCUUUUGGUCUAGAAAAGAGUGUGUCACUGAAUAAUCUAAAUGUGGACCAAGUUGCCAAAGCCUUGGAGAAAGCUGUUAGUAGCAAAAUAUGAAGAUGAUCCUGUAUUCUUCGAUUCUAAAAUUGUAAUUUUCAUGUAAUUAAUUAAACCCUACAAAUAAAGUCAUAUACAAUGUG